UGCGGUGUCUGUGCUGAGCCCUGUCUAGUUUUGCUGUACACAGUGCUGCCUGCCCAGUGCUCUUUGACCACUUCACUCAGACAGGAGCUGGAUCGGGAGCUAAUCUGAUUACCUUGCCCCCGAACAUGUGACACGGAAUUAGGGGAGAGGUGAAGGAUCUGAUCCAGGAGGGAGGGGGUUGGAACAGCCAGGAAACAGGAAAACGGUAAGUCUGCUUCUCUCCUUCGUGCCCAGCCCCCAGAAGUACAAUACCACCCCCUACUGGAGGGGCAGGCCUGGGGGUUACUGUCCUGCAGUUUCUGCACUGGAAAGAUCCAGCCUGUCAGCUUCCCUGCCCAUCCUGCAGCCUGCGAUGUGGACGCCACACACGCAUCACGAUGUUGAGACAACAGAGAGAUGAGAGAGCUGAACUUGAGCUUUCUCUCACAAACACACAGAGGCUCACCGGACACAGCCAUCCCACCGACAUGAUCUGACCUGAGGAAGAGAAAUACCAGAGAAACUGACUGGGGAUCAUAAAAGUCAGGAGAGGAGGAUAUAGAGCUUCAGCGUUUCCCCACGCUGCGGACGGAGGAAGAGAAGAUUGGAUUUGGGAAGACAGGAGACGGGCAGGACACGGCAGCACAGCGACCAGGAGCCGGGUAGCACAGGGAGGAAGGCAGACGAGCACGGGUACCUGCCCGACAGAUGGGCUCGGCAGGGCUGGAGCUGGUGGGGUUCCUGCUGGCGCUGCUGGGGCUGCUGGGAACGCUGGUGUCCACCGUCCUGCCCUACUGGCGCACCACGGCCUUCAUCGGCUCCAACAUCAUCACGGCCGUGGGCUACGUGAAGGGGCUGUGGAUGGAGUGCGCCUACUACAGCACGGGCAGCUUCCAGUGCGAGACCUACAACUCCCUGCUGGCGCUGCCCGCUGACCUGCAGGCCGCCCGCGCCAUGAUGGUGGUGUCCUGCGUGCUGUCGGUGCUGGGCCUGGCCGUCUCCUGCCUGGGCAUGCAGUGCACCACCUGCCUGCAGGGGCAGCCGGUGAAGCCGCGCGCGGCGGGGGCCGGGGGCUGCUGUCUGCUCCUAGCGGGGCUCCUGUGCCUCGUGCCCAUUGCCUGGACCACCAACGAGGUGGUGAAGCUGUUCCACAAUCCCAUCGUGCCCUCCAGUUACAAGUCUGAGAUCGGGGAGUGUCUGUAUGUGGGCAUGGCGGCGGCGCUCCUGUCCCUGAUGGGCGGGGGGGUGCUGUGCCUGUCGUGUUGUGGGGAGGAGCCGCUGAGAGGGAGCCGAGGGGGCCGCCCCCGGGGUGGCAGGGGCAUGGCGGGGUACCCUUACCCCGGGUCCUCCGCCCCCCACCCGCGCGCCCACGCCAACGCCAUGACCUUCCGCAACCCGCUGGCGCACGCCGGGGUCCACGCCGCCAGCAAGAGCCCCCCCCACAGCAGCCACAGCGAGCAGAGCAGGAGCAGCGCCCCCACGCCCUCCCCCGGGCAGCGCGGCGCCAGUGGCUACGACCUCACGGGGUACGUCUGACCUCUGGGUGACCCCAGCCCACAGGGUGCCUGCCUUAGACCGGACAAGACCGCCACGGCCACUCCGUUUAACACCAGGGGGACGAAAAGUAAGGAGCCAGGGAGCAGCCUGCAGGACUGUCUAACUGCACAGUGCCCUAACAUAGUAGUAAUUCAGUGGUGAUACAGCCUGCAGCACUGGACUGUGCAGUUAUUCAGCAGUGAUACAGCCUGUAGCACUGGACAGUGCAGUAAUUCAGCGGUGAUACAGCCUGUAGCACUGGACAGUGCAGUAAUUCAGUGGUGAUACAGCCUGUAGCACUGGACAGUGCAUUAAUUCAGUGGUGAUACAGCCUGCAGGACUGGACAGUGCAGUAAUUCAGUGGGUAACACACUGUGAAACCCCUGGACACAUGGGACAGAGCAAUGUCAUAAUGGAGAACUGUUAGCAGUUUUUAGAAUGAAUUUAUUACAACGGUAUUCUGCUAAAGAGUCUGUUUUGAUACAGCUGCUCAUUUUUUUUUUAGCUUUCACUUGACAUCUUUGGCAGUCUACACAAUUCCAAACACAAAACUAACAUAAAUCAUCUUGAAAUUACAAAUUACAUAAAAAAGUAUAUGAAGAAAAUGAUUCUCUAUGGUGUACAUAGCUCUUUUGAUCUAUGUACACCACUGUAUAUAGCGGUGAUAUCGCUAUAGUCAGUCACUAUAUCACUAAUAAAAGCACUGGAGCUCAAGGUCUGAUCUUGAUGGUUACGAACUGACUGGAUGUUUCAUUUUCACCAGAGUGAGUAAACACUCGAGUUCCUCUUGAGCUCGUCACCCAGUGCAGCGCCUGGUUGUGACAGCACGGAGCCCAGCUGAAGCUCAGCCCGUCUGCCGCCCAGUAACUCUCAAUGCGGCCGGUGGACGGAAUAUCUCACGAGCAGCACUGUUUAAGCCGAGGCUGCUACGGCGCACGCGAGGCUCUCUUUUAAAUAAAGUCGGUAGGUUCUUCCGGUAGCGUCCCCUGUGGGAGAGCUUAGCCACAGCCCCUCCCAGAGGCUCAGGCAGCGGAAACGCCGAGCGCAGCAGCAGAAGGUGACUCCUAACGCCUGGUUCAUCAGCUGCACCGCAAGGUUCUCCAGCAUGCGCUAUUAUUAUUCCGAUGAUAAGUAUUGCCGCAAAACUUGAAUGAACUCCAAAAUACCUCCUUACACUUGUUUUCUUGUGUCAGCAGGAUUGUUUUGCGGUUGCGCUUUUUUUUUUCAAACGAAUUUGAAAAAAAAAAAGUGACAACCUUCCCAAAAUCGCAUUUACGGUUUAGGGUGACUUCGGCACGUGCGUGAGACCCCCCGCGGCUUCACGCGCCAGUCACAGCUCGUCUCGGGACCCGGGGUCGGACAGUCGAUACGCCCGGGUUGCAAAACCUGAUUCUCGGAACUGAGUCUUGUGAGAAUUGUUACCAGAGGUGUACAUGAGCUCUGUAAUAACAGUGCAUCCUGACUGCACUUCCGUGGCUUAUGUAAGUGUAUAAAUAUAUCUGAAUAAAGGGGAAAAGUCGUUUUUUUUUUUA